CAUCCCUGAGUUGAGGAUGGACUGAGAGGCAGGAACACCAGCAGCUGUGAGUGAGUAACAGCAGGCAGACAAAGGCUGGAGGUUAUGGAGAAUGAAAAGAUGAUAUCUUAAUUCUGGGUUUUUGAUAUUUUUUUCUGAAGCAACUGGAGAUUUUCUUUUUUUUAGCUUUGUUUGUGUUUUUUUAGAAAACCAAAUGUUCACUAUAGUUAUGUGGUGGUGGUUGGGUUUUGUAAGGGAAAGUUAUUUUAUCUAACAGAAAGCAGUAUUUUUCAAAAUAUUUAGGUAAUUAUUAGUUUUGAUUUAGUUUUAGAAAAACAAUGCUAAUUUGUCAUAUUUAUUGACAAAAUAAAAAAAUGUCAGUUUAGCCAGUAGAUAAUUGUUACUCUACAUCACAAUGCUGCUGGUUCUGCUUCUGGUUCUGAACGUUUUCUCUGAGACUCUCUCCUCUGAGUCAUCUUCAAUAACUAUCCAUUACCAAGUUUGGGAGGAGCAGCCGGCGGGAACUCAGGUUGGCUGUCUGUUGGAUGACCUCCGCCAGAGAGAUGAACUCGGCCUUCUGGAGGAUUUCCAGGUGGUGGAGCAGGUAAAGGCCCUUCCUUUCUCUGUCAUGGCCCGAGAUGGAGUUGUCUCCACCCAAGGCCGGCUGGACAGAGAGGAGCUGUGCCGAGGAUCGGACCUUUGUGAGGUGGCCUUCAGCAUCCUCUACAGGAAAAGCGGAGCUGUGAACUGCCUGCGGGUUCGUGUUGAGGUGAUGGACAUAAACGACCACAGUCCCAGUUUCUCCAACACCACACAGGAAGUAGAGAUCUCAGAGACUGCCCCCCUUCGGAUGCGAAUCCCGUUAGAUCGAGCAGUUGAUCCAGAUGCUGGGCCCAAUGGCCUCCAGACCUAUUCCCUGUCAGUCAAUCAACACUUUGCUUUGGAUGUGACAGAUGUUUCAGGAGGGUCAAAACAAGCAGAACUGGUGGUUAUCAAAGAACUAGACAGGGAGGUUCAAGACUCCUUUGACCUGAUCCUGGUGGCAUAUGAUAAAGGGAACCCACCAAAAUCUGGGAGCAUGUUAGUCCAUGUUAUAAUCCAGGACUCAAAUGAUAAUAGUCCAACUUUUGAGGAGACUAGUUCAACUGUAACUCUAAGUGAGGAUACAGUCAUUGGUACGACCAUCAUCAAGCUUACAGCACAUGACCCGGACCAAGGUGCCAGUGGGGAGGUGAAGUACUUGUUUAGUAAGCACACACCUCCAGAGUUUCAAAAACUCUUUCAUGUGGAUUCACACACUGGAGAGGUGACCGUAAGGGCUCCUCUGGACUAUGAGAGGGAGUCAUCCUAUGAGCUCAACAUACAGGCUAUUGAUCGUGGUCCCAACAGUAUGCCAACUCACUGUAAACUAUAUGUCAAGCUUGUAGAUGUAAAUGACCAUGCACCAAGGAUUAGCACAAAGUGGCUUACACCCACAUCUGCAGUCCCCACUGUGUUGGAAGGAGCACCAAUCGGUACGUUUCUUGCACUGGUGACAGUUUAUGAUGCAGAUUCAGGAACAAAUGGAGAAGUGAGUCUAACUAUUCAAGAAGGAUCAGGCCCUUUCCGUCUUAAAUACAUCCAUCAUGAUAAUUAUUUGAUUGUAACAAAUGACUCCCUGGAUCGAGAGAAGGUUAUGAAUUACAACAUCAAAUUCAUUGCUCAGGACAAUGGCAGUCCACCUUUGGUUACUGUCGAAAACCUGCCAGUUUCUGUCCUGGAUGAGAAUGACAAUGCCCCUGUGUUUUUUGCCUCUAGUUAUAAGGCUUCAAUCAAGGAAAACAAUUUUGUAGAGGAUGAAGUUCUUGAAGUUAAAGCCAGUGAUGCUGACCAGGGACUCAAUGGAAAGGUUUCCUAUCAAAUAAAGGGACUUAUUGAGCAGAAACGUUUCUCCAUUCACCCAACAACUGGAAUCAUACGGGUGCUUCACAGUUUAGACUAUGAGGUAUCUCACAGCUACUCUUUUGUUGUGGAGGCUGUGGACUAUGGACACCCUCCACUAACUGGUACGACCACAAUCCAGAUUGAUGUUGAGGAUAUAAAUGACAACACUCCGGUCAUCAAGGAGCCAAAACCAAAAAACGGGGUGAUUUCUGUAAGUGUUCCUGUGAAUGCAUACAAAGGGGAAAUUGUGACAGAGCUUGGAAAUGACACAGAUGAAAAACCAACCCCUUUGUUGAUCAAUCACUCAGUCAUGGAUAGAUUCAAUGGAUUUCCUGCAUCCACAAUACGAGCUGAAGAUGAAGACUCCGGACUUAAUGGAAAGCUAAAGUACAUCAUUUUAAAUGAAGACCCAAAUGACUUGUUCUGGAUAGAUCAAGAUACAGGUCAGUUAUUUGUAAAUGCCACCAAUGCCACUGAGCUGAUUGGGAGAACUUUUAAGAUGGAGCUUUCUGUAUCAGACAUGGGCACUCCCAGUAAUGAGAUUAAGGCAACUCUUGAGGUGACUUUCAUUAAUCUCCAGGACCACUUGAAGAACUCCUCACCAGGAAACCAAGGGCAGCUCAGCUUCACUAUGAUGAUGGCCAUCUGCCUGGGUACCACAUGCCUGCUUCUUUUGUUGGCCAUUGCGUUGGUGACAACAUUUUGCCGACCUGAGAAACGAGAUAACCGUGCUUACAACUGCAGACAGGCUGAAUCCAGCUACACCCAGCAUCCUCGACGACCACAGAAGAACAUCAGAAAAUCUGAUAUCCAGCUAAUUCCAGUUAUCCGAGGGCACAAAGAAGAGACUCCUGAGGAUGACAGCGAGGUCCAGCCUCUCACUCCUCCUCCACUGCCAGAAGAUCAACAAACCAAGAGUGUGUUUAACUUCAUACCAUCAGUUAUGAACAACAGCUUCCAUUCCCAAGGCUAUCCAGAAGGGGAUUCCUUUCAACAUUUAGGCCAUCACUGCAAAACCCUUAGGAAACCUGGAAAUAUUGAACUUGAUGGGACUUUGCCCAUGACAACAGCAACAUCAUACCAGACCCUCUGCAAAACCAGAAACCCUUCCUCAUCCUCUUCUUCACUGUCACAUUUUUGCACCUUGAAGCGUAAUAAGCUUCACCCAGAUGAAGAGUCGUGCCCUCAGCGUUCGGCAUCGCAGGUCACUCUAAGGAGGCCGAAGAUGUCAGAUGGUUCGCACGAUGCAGAACACCAGCAGAUGCUUCGAAACCUGGUUCGUCUCUCCAUGGCUGCGUUUGGAGACACCAUUGAGCUUUCCUCUGCUUCCCCAGAGGUGCAGCAGAUCUCUCAACUCCUCUCCCUACUCCGUCAGGGUCAGCUGCAGCCAAGGACAAACUUCCGCGGAAACAAGUAUUCCCAUCGAAAUGGCAGAUAUGGAGGUCAGGACUGCUCUGAUUGGCAGAGCACCAAAGACAGUGGACACGGAGAGAGUGAGGCUGGUGAUGUGGACUGGGAAGCAGGAAGAGACUCGCCCAUAGACCCACAGCUGGCAGAAGGGCUCAAUAACCUGCUCAACAGUCCAGAUGAUGUUUUCUCAGAGGUCAGCGACCCUGCCUGGAUGGCCAGGCUCUCCCUGCCACUCACAGCUGAUUACCAUGACAACGUUUUUGUCCCCAAUGGUCCUCCAUCCCCUGAAAGCGAACUCCCUUCACGGGAUGGCCUGAACUCCACCUCAUCCUUCUCCACCUUUGGUAAAACUCUUGAGAAGGAUGGCCAGCUGGGUGGAGCUUUGCUGUCAGAGGUCAGCACACUGUUUGAAAUGCUGAUGACUCGGAAGGCCGAUGCCCACCCAGGCCCUCGACCCGAUGUCCUGUACAGGCUGUCGGCAGUGUACCGACGCUCUCUGGGUUUGGACGCAAUCCCAACAGCUGCAGGCAGCGCCCCAAAGAACUGCUCUGAAAAGAGGCCGGCCCUAGCGCUGACCUCCAAACAUCAGUACCAAUGACUGUAAUAUGCAUUUAGACACAUGAGUUGACUGAAGGGACUAGGGACCACAAUAAGGGAAAUGUUGGGAUUUUAAAGACAUUAAUGGAUGAAGCCAUGAUUUGAAUAUCUGCCACUGUAAAAGCUCAUUUUCAGCAGUUUUGUGCCAAUUUGAGGGAAGACCGGGGGAUGUUUUCAGGAGCAGGACAGGAAAAAGUGGUUAAUGUUCUUUUUGAUUGAUUGAAUUAUUAGCAGAGAUAAAAAUCUAACAUUCCUUACUACUAUUACUGCUGUAAAGCUGCAAAUCAAUCCCAACAUAUGUGUAAAUUCUAAAUUUAAGAAAUCUCUUUUUAUCCUUUUUAUCUUUAGACACAUGGGGGAUGAGGUACGAGGUGUUCAUUUGGUUGCAGACUGCAGUUUAUCCCACUAGAUGGCACUGUAUCACACAAUGGAGCUAGCAAACGCAAAACAAACCAAAAGACUGAAGUAGAAAGCAGUAACAGUAUAAAGUUAUUUAACCAUUUUUUUAACCACCUUAAAAUAAAUAGUUUAUUUUUGAAGAUGGGUAGGAAAAAUACUAAAUGACUGUAUAUUUUCUUUAGGAUCAAUUUUAAAGAGGUUUCUGUAAGUACAAUAUUGUUUUGUCUUAUGGAAUAGGUUAAUAUGGAGAGUUUUUAGAUUUCAAAAUAUUAUCAAGGAAAAAAAGAGGCUGUUUGUCAAUGGUAUGACAGAUAAGAAAAGAAAGAUCAGGAAGAAAAUUAUUUUCUAAAUGGAAAUGAUAUGAAAAGAAAGACCCAAUCUGUUCCGUUUAUAUCCAUACUUAGGUGCAUUUUUUAAAUUGUGAACACUGUUUGAGAAUUUAACUCAUUCCAGCUUUUUUCUCCACAUUCUUCCCAUGGAAGUUGCAGAAGCAGAGUAAACACUUUUUCAGUAUGCCAGCUGUUUGAACAGGAGUCAUUCUGCUUAAAGUUCAAUCUAAUCCUUCAAACUGGAAGUAUUUUUAAAUGGUGAAAACUUACAAAAAGUUGCCUACACAGCAGGAAAAGGGGCAGGUGAUCUCAAUCUGUCAGAACCUGAUAAAGCCCAAAGGGGAUCAGAUGGAAAUGUUUCCCUUUCCUUUUCUUUCUGAACUAAAACUGAGGUGGAGACAGUUUGCAAAUGUUUCAAUUCCCCAAAAGUUUCUUACUUGUAGUUGUUUCUGUUUCUCAAACAGCACUUUGUACAUAAUUUUUGUCCAAUCUUUCUUCAGUAUGAAAAUGUAUUUUAAAUGGAAACUAACUUUUGUAACUUUUACAAUAAAAUGUGAAGUCCUGUCCAUCUAAA